UUCCUUUGUAUUUUCGCGUCACUUUGAAGUGCUAUUUAAAUCUUGCUGAAGUUGUUCGAGUCUUGCGUGAUGACGUCAUCUUGCGUGAGGUCUACGUCAUCUCUCUGGUCGCCGCUGAAGGACUGGCGAAGCUGUUGACAGAUCCCGCCAUGGCUCUAAGACGCGUGUGUGGCCUUCUGGCCAGACCUCAGAGAUGUGCCAUCAUGUCGCUGUGCAGAGCUCGAGGAAGCGCCGCCCCAGCCAGCCAAGUGGCAGAGGAGGCUGUGAAGAAGGCAAAAGCACCCAAAGUUCAGUUUAACUGGCGCGAUGCUCUGGAGCUGGAGGGUCAGCUGACGGAGGAGGAGAUCAUGAUCCGGGAUUCCUUCAGAACGUACUGCCAAGAAAAACUAAUGCCUCGUAUAGUUCUGGCAAACAGGAAUGAAGUGUUCCACAGAGAGAUCGUGUCUGAGAUGGGAGAGAUGGGCGUCCUCGGCCCCACGAUCAAAGGCUACGGCUGUGCCGGCACCAGCUACGUGGCCUACGGUUUGAUCGCCAGGGAGGUGGAGAGGGUGGACAGCGGCUACCGCUCCGUCAUGAGUGUGCAGUCCUCGCUGGUCAUGCAUCCCAUCUACGCCUACGGCACCGAGGAGCAGAAGCAGAAGUACCUGCCAAGACUGGCUCGUGGAGAGAUCCUAGGAUGCUUCGGGCUGACGGAGCCGAACCACGGCAGCGACCCGGCCGGCAUGGAAACUAGAGCCAAGUACAACCCGUCCAGCCGGACCUACAGUAUCACCGGCUCCAAGACUUGGAUCACCAACGCGCCAGUGGCUGACGUGGCAGUGGUCUGGGCCAAAUGUGAGGACGGUAAAGUGCGCGGCUUCAUCCUGGAGCGUGGGAUGAAGGGGCUGUCCACGCCCAAGAUCGAGGGGAAGUUUUCCCUGAGAGCCUCGGCCACCGGGAUGUUGGUCAUGGAUGAGGUGGAGGUUCCUGAGGAGAACCUGCUGCCGCACGCGUCUGGCCUGGGGGGUCCGUUCGGAUGCCUGAACAACGCCCGCUAUGGGAUUGCCUGGGGAGCGCUGGGGGCUGCCGAGUUCUGCUUCCACGCCGCUCGCCAGUACACGCUGGACAGGAUCCAGUUCGGCGUGCCUCUGGCCAGGAACCAGCUGAUGCAGAAGAAGAUGGCCGACAUGCUGACCGAGAUCACCAUCGGCCUGCAGUCCUGUCUCCAGCUGGGGCGCCUCAUCGAUGCCAAAAAAGCCGCCCCGGAGAUGAUCUCCCUGCUGAAGAGGAACAGUUGCGGCAAAGCGCUGGACAUCGCGCGGCAGGCCAGAGACAUGCUGGGAGGCAACGGCAUCGCCGACGAGUACCACAUCAUCCGCCACGUCAUGAACCUGGAGUCGGUCAACACGUACGAAGGGACUCACGACAUCCACGCCCUGAUCCUGGGCCGGGCCAUCACCGGACUGCAGUCCUUCACCGUGGACAAGUAGAGCCGGCACCAGCCUGACAGACAGGAGAAGAGACGGACAGGGUUUGCUGAAUAUAUAGUAGAAUAUUGAACUAGUCCAACUAGGAAGAGAUCUAUUUUUGUAUGACCACACACUGCUGAGUUAUGAUCAUCUCCACACUGACGGUUUGUUACCACGUGUGUGACGGACAACUGAAGCACUUUAUCAGCUCGGUCAUCAUGACGUCAUCAGAGCGUUUCAUUAUUAAACUAAAAUUCCAUCAGUGUCCUCAUGGUCUCCACCGUCCGGUCCUUCAAAUUACAAGCAGUUGCAUAACAGCAGAGGGUUUGGUCCUCCAGGAGGAUUAGAUGGAUGUACACGCAACAACCCAACGGAUGGAUGAUGCAGAGGCAUCUGCACACUCACAGUGUUUGGGAUUCAUCGUGGUUAGUUCAUGAUUUGGAAUUGACUCUUAAUAAUCCUGAGCGGACGUGUUAGAACUGGCUCCUCAGUUUUUCAUGAACUCAUUUUUAAUUUCCAUCUUUAACGACGGAAUAUUCUCACUGGACACAAGAGGGCGCUCGCCGCACACAAGCCUGAUCCGACAAUCGCCAAAAUCGCUUGUGGAAUGUAUUUUAGCAUUUUUUUUACUGUAUGCAAUCAUUUUAGGCUGUUAGUAGCUUUUCCAUACGUUUUUAAAUAAAAGAUGGAAGUUUCUUUUUUUGUAAUAAAGGUCGUCCAGUCACACAA